AUGUCUAAUUCACUAGAGAAUACACUAUUUCAACUAAAAUUCACAUCUAAGCAAUUGCAGAAACAAGCAAAUAAAACAUUAAAGGAAUCUAACGUACAGAAGAAAAAAUUAACCAAAAUCUUAUCAUCCUCCGAUGGAGUAGAUAAUGAAGUAGCCAAGGUUUAUGCCAGUAAUGUCAUCAGAAAAAAAAAUGAACAUUUACAGUUAUUAAAACUUUCAAGCAGAAUUGAUGCGGUAGCUAGUAGAAUUUCUACAGCCAUAACGAUGAAUAAUGUUUCAAAAAAUAUGUUUGGUGUUGUUAAAGGUAUGGAUAGGGCUUUAAUGAGUAUGAAUCUAGAACAGAUAACUAUGAUCAUGGAUAAAUUUGAAAAACAAUUUGAAGAUAUGGAUGCAAGCGUGGAGGCUUAUCAAAGUAUCAAUGAAAACAAUAAUCCAAGCUCUCUGGUUGAUCAAGAUGAGGUUGAUAAUUUAAUUAAUAUGAUUCAUGAUGAAACUGGUUUAACAUCUAAAAUGGACAGUCUACCCUCUAUGGCUAAUAAAAAAGUUGGAAAAGUAGCUGAAGAAGCCGAGGAAACAGAAAAUACUGAAAAAGAGGAUUUAUUGGCAAAAAGAUUAAAAGCUUUAAGAGGAUAA